AUGUGGCCUUAUCAGCAAUCGAAGAUCGUUCAACUUCAAAUAAUACUAGUUUACGUUAUUUUGAUAAGCAUCAUAAUAUUUCAGGUUUUUCAAAUUAUAACAUUUGGAGGUAGUUUUGAGAUGCUGGCAGUACAUUGCGUAUUUUCCUUCACCAUUCUUGUAUACAUAUUUUUAGCCAGCUAUUACGUGCAAGACAUUUUAAACCACAAUGACCAAGUUUUCGCAACUGCAUACAAUAUACACUGGUAUACAACACCUUUACAUAUACAGAAAAUGAUACUAUUCCUGUUGCAAAGUGGCACGAAAAACUUUUCUCUGAAUUUAGGUGGAAUGUUCUUAAUAUCUUUACAAAGUAGCACUACGCUGUUAAGUGCUUCUAUGUCUUAUUUCACCGUUCUAUAUUCUAUGCAGCAAUGA